UAUCAAACUUCCGCCAUGACGUUUUCAAAGAGGCUGCAGCAGAUCUUCGACUCCCAGCAGAAGGAAAAGCCGCAGGCCUAUCUGGCGCUCCUCAACGAACUCCUCGCCGGCGAGCGGGACCCGGAAACCCUCCAGUAUCGAGACCCGGCCGUCUACGCAUCCCUGCGCGAGUUCUUGGUCCACGCCGUCCAGGAGUCCUUCGGCCUCGCCGUGUCUCGCCAGAUCAUCCAUGACUUUAUCAAUGCGUUCUUUUCCAGCACCAAGGACAUCAAGGACCUGCGCCCUGUCGCAGAGAUCUGGGUCUAUGCCCUCGAGAAGAUCGAGUCAAGGGCCCUGGCGUUCGAGGAGCAGAUCUCCAGCAUCCGCGAGAAACUGGCCGACAUCUAUGAGGAAGAGGAGAACUGGAGCGAGGCUGCUCGGGUCCUCCAAGGCAUUCCCCUGGACUCGGGCCAUCGCACCAUCCCCAAUGAGUACAAGCUCAAGAUCUACAUCCACAUUGUGCAGCUCAUGAUCGAGGACGAAGACGGCGUCGGGGCCGACAUGUAUCUCAAUCGAGCCUCGCACCUGAUCCAUGACUGCAAAGACCGCUCGGUCGAGCUGCGAUACAAGGCCGCCCAGGCCCGAGUCUUGGACUACAAGCGCUCGUUCCUCCAGGCAGCCGCAAAGCAUCUUGAGCUGUCGUACAUCUCCGAGCUCAUGUCGGACGAUGACCGCAUCCAGUGCCUGAUCCAGGCCGUGACAUGUGCGGUCCUGGGUCCGGCUGGUCCGCAGCGAAGCCGUUUGCUGGCCACCCUCUACAAGGACGAGCGCAUCCGGGAGAGCCCUGAGUUCAAGGCCAACGGGCUCCAGCACAUCCUCGAGAAAAUGUACCUCGACCGGGUUCUCUCGCCGGCGGAGGUCCAGGAGUUUGCAAAGUCCCUGAAGGAGCACCAGCUCGCCAAGCUGAGUGACGGCACCACCGUCCUCGACCGAGCCGUUAUCGAGCACAACAUCCUGGCCGCCUCCAAGCUCUACAACAAUAUUUCCUUUGGCGAGCUGGGGGCGCUGCUCUCGACCUCCCCCGAGCAGGCCGAGCAGGUCGCCAGCCGCAUGAUCAGCGAGGGUCGGUUGUUGGGAACCAUCGACCAGAUCGACCAUCUCAUCCACUUCAGCACCGGCAGCAGCCUGAACAAGUGGGACCAGCAGGUCGCUAACCUCUGCUAUGAAGUCGACCGGAUCGUCGAGGCCAUCCAGGCCAGAAAUUCGACAUGGAUGACCAACUACACCCUCCGCAACCCUGCCUGAGCCCAUGACGCACGGCCAUUCACUUUGGACAGUCUCGAGUCGCCAUCAUGCGGCAAGGGACCAAUCGCCCCCCUCUUUUCAAGUGGACUAACUUGGUGUUUGCCACUAUCUCUCAAGGGACGUUGCCAUUGCUGAAUACAAUAAAGUCACAUCCUGCCUAUUUUUGCUACCCCCAAGCAGGCGCU